AUGGGACUGCCGACGGCCUCGCAGGUGGUGGCCAAGCCGGUCGGCAAGGAGACGCGCGAGAAACGGAUGGAAAAGUGUGACCUGAAAAAGCUAGAGGUGGUCGUGGAGCGGCACAAGAAGAAUCGCGAGACGCUGAUGGCCAGCCGGGUGCAGCCGAAGAAAAAGGGGCCUCCAUUCAAAUGCCCGCAAAGCUCGGACAACCCCGGGGAGAGCAGCGGCACCGAGCAGGAGAAGAAGCCGUGGUGGAAGUGCGGCUGCUGUACAAUCGCU